AAGGUCACUCACGAAGAAUUCACAACACAUAUUCGUUAAACGAUAUUUUUUUGUGUGGCUGAUAACAUAUUGAAUCUCAUAGGCAUAUAAACAUAACUUGUGCUGUAUGUUAGUUGAUCUGCUGAGUGAUCAGGUGAUUCUAACUGUGCCGACGAACGAUUGUCAACAUAACUUUGAAAUUUCGAAUAAUUUGAUUUAUUUUGCUCUGAUUUCUAUAAACGGAAAACAUAGAAAUAUAAUGGAAGAACAAGAUAAACAUAAUUCUUCUAUAAAAAAAUCAGAUAAUAUUUCCACUGAAGCUUCUACAGAAGAAAAAAAGAAUUCUUCUAUAAAAGAAUCAGAGAAUAUUUCCAUUGAAGCUUCUUCAGAAGAAAAAAAAAAAUCUUCUAUAAAAGAAUUAGAGAAUAUUUCCACUGAAGCUUCUUCAGAAGAAAAAAAGAAUUCUUCUAUAAAAGAAUCAGAGAAUAUUUACAUUAAAGCUUCUUCAGAAGAAAAAACGAAUUCUUCUAUAAAAGAAUCAGAGAAUAUUUCCACUGAAGCUUCUACAGAAAAAAAAGAGACAGAACCUAUAUUACCUAUAUUUUUAUGUAAGAAGAGUUUUCUUCAAUCACACUAUACCGAAUUAAUUACGAUCGAGUACAAUUGGGAAAUUCCUCACUUUUAUGAAGUUGGUAAAUCUAUAAGCAAAUUUAUUUCUCCAUCGUUUCCAGAAAAUGCACAAUAUCAGAUUGAAAUAAAUGUUUUCUCAUCUCAAUCAGAACUACGUGGCUUAUUUGAUUGGCCAGAAAAAAAAAUUCUUAAGCCACGUCAAUCACAAAGACUAAGAUUUUAUAUAAGAACUAAAGCAGCAUUUGUAGGUUCUUGUGAGAUUUUCUGUACUAAAUUAGAGAAAGUAGAUUCACUUAUAUCGACAGAUGUAGUUUACAUAGAAAAAAAGAGGUUAUUAGGUGAUAGCGAAAUUCUGGAACACGUAACGCCGCUUGAAUUGCAUUUUAAAUUUGAGAUAUUAUAUUGUUUUUCAAAUAUAUAUAUAAAUUCGCUUCCAUUAUUCGCAACAAAAGAUUUGAAAUCUGAAAGAUCAAUCCUUGAUGAUUAUAAUUUAAACUUUAAUGAUGAAGAAUCGCUUGAAUUUAUUAUAGAUGGCGAGCAUUAUAGUAUAAUCAAAAGUAUAUUAUGCGCUGGAAGUAAUUAUUUUAAAUAUUUAUGUAGUAUACAAGAAGACAUAACAAAUGAAUUAAUAAUAAAGGAUAGACCAGAAGCUUUUAAACAAAUGUUGUCAUUUAUCGUGAUUGAUUUAGUAUUGCAAUUUACUGAUUACUUAGAAGAGUGGGUAUGUGAAAGUCGUAUAAUCCCAGACUUACUAAUAGUAGCUGACAAAUAUGAUGUGCAAAAUCUUAAAUUUAUAUGUGAAAGUCUUCUGCUAAAAAAUCUUGCAGUUGAAAAUGCUUCGGAACUUAUAGAACUUGCGACUGUAAGUGAUACAAAACGCUUAAGAAAAACUGUAACAAACUUUAUUAAAUCCUGCAAAGAAAAAUUUGUAUUAACUAAAACAUUUCUAUCUUUACGACGAGACCGAAGAUAUAAGAUACUUAAAAUGAUUGCGGAAUCAGAAUAAGAAAUAAUUUUCCAUUCUAAACAUUCUGUAUCCAUUUAGUAUAAUUAUUUGCAUCUGUUAAUACAGUAUUUAAACUUAUAAUAUUAUAAUCAACAGCGAACACUAGAUGCAACUAAUCAUGUAUAAAAACUUUAUUUUUUAUAUUUAUUCAUAUUAUUAAUAUAAACGAUUAAUAAGACUUUGUAUUGUAUAUGUAUUAAUGAAUGUAUUUAUUUUAUAAGCUUAUGUUAAAAAUUUCUAUUUACUUAGCAAUUGUGUCAUAACAAAUAUAUUACAAGUUUUAAUUUUAAUAAUUGCAAAAAUUUAUAAUAUAUAUAAAAAAGUGAUAGAUUAAAUUUUAAAUAUGUAUAAAACUUAUAUUUUGUUUAUAUGUACUAAAACUUUUUGUUAAAUAUAAUUUAA